AUGUCUCGAAAUUCGGAUAAACUCAAUAUUAUAGAUCAAAAUACAUUCCAAAAUAUUAAAAACGAUAGUUCAGAUAACUUACCAAGAAUACUGCGCAGCUCCAAAUAUAAAAACAAGCACAAAAAGCAGCAGCCAUGCACACUGCUUGACUUUGUUGUUGUGCCUUGCAAGAAACCAAAACAAAUCAAGAGACAGAAAGCUCCACAUCUGAUCGCGGCGAGAUGCACUGUUUCCUUUAAGUUCAAGCACAAGGGAAAAGUACGUUUACAUGCAAAGCGACGAGUAACACGACUAAAACGCAUUAUCAGUAAGCAUAGAAAAUGGAAGCAGUCUGCUGCGGAGCGUGGAAGUGUGCUAGAAAAUGAGAUUCAGGAUGAGCCUAUAGAGCAGGAAGGCACCUGCUCUGAUUUUGAACUAUGCAUAGGCGGGACAGAGGACAACAUACAGCCAGAUAUGUUACAAUUGACAACAGACUUGGGACAGAUGUCGUUUAAUAAGGAAGAGAGUAGACAGCCUAUGCAUGCAAUACAUUCCCGUCGUUUUAGAAGUUACUGUGACAAUUGCACCACAGCAAUGCUAAAGCAGCUGAGCACUCAAUUGUUAAGCGACUUGCAUCGAUUCCAAAAACGCGCCUAUUCUAACAACGAGAUCAAAGCAAGAGCACAUCCCCGACUUGUGGUGGGCUUUCGAGAGGCAAUGUCAAGACUGCGCAUAAAUAAAGUAAAGUUGUUGUUAAUUGCGCCCGACUGCGAGUUGUGUCCCGAGAAAGGUGGAUUGGAUGAAACCAUUGAGGGGCUGAAACUUGUCUGCCAGCAGCAAAAUGUGCCCUACUGUUUCUCACUGAAGCGUCGACAGUUGGCUUAUGCGCUGCAAAAGCAAGCACAGAUAUCUUGUGUGUCCAUUCUGGACUACGACGGUGCACAGGAUACUUACAAGCAACUGCUGGAGGAACUGAAUACGGCGCGUGCUCAAUACAAACGCUUGACUGCAGUGUAAGCUUUAUUAUGCGAGAAAAGACGAGAGUGCCAAAGAGUGCUUGAAAAAAUUGAAAUUGAGAUUAACACGAGCUACAAAUAUAUAAGUU